CCUCCGUCGUUCUUUCUCACGUGACAAGGCAGCGUCAUGUGACCGUUGGGAAACAGGAAGUGCGACAUCACGGUUCUUCCUCCGCCUCUUCAUGUGUGUUUUAUAGUCGGUCUGUUUGCACAUCGCGGGGGACUCGGCAGCGGCGCCGGCUCUGUGUGCCCGUCGUGGACUGUGACUUCGGCAAGAGAGCGGUUGCCAUGGGGGCUCUGUUUCGUAGCGAGGAAGUCUGUCUGGUGCAGCUCUUUCUCCAGUCGGGAUCGGCCUACGACUGCGUCAGCGAACUGGGAGAGCUGGGACUGGUCGAGUUCCGAGAUCUGAACCCAAACGUCAACGCUUUUCAGAGGAAGUUUGUUGGGGAAGUGCGGCGAUGCGAGGAGCUCGAGAAAACGUUUUCAUUCCUGGAGCAGGAGAUCCACCGGUCCCGGUCCCCUCCUCUGGAGGGACGCCUGUCCCCACCCUAUCCGACCCCUUCUGCACCCCAGCCCAGAGAGCUGCUCACCAUCGAGGAGGAGAGUGAGAGGCUGUCCAGAGAGCUGAAGGAGGUGUCACGGAACCGAGACAGCCUCCAGGCCCAGCUGACUCAGCUUUCUCAGUACAGAGGGGUGCUGACUGAGACGCACUCCCUUACUACAACACAGAUGCCACCCCACACCUUGGACUCGUCUGGGUUUUCGGACAACAGGCAGGACAUUCGACUCAGCUUCGUAGCAGGUGUCGUGCAUCCGUGGAAAGUCCCGUCCUUUGAACGGCUGCUGUGGCGUGCUUGUCGAGGUUACAUCAUAGUGGAUUUUCAGGAGAUGAAAGAGAGACUGGAAAUGCCUGACUCUGGAGAAAUGGUGCAGUGGACAGUCUUCCUCAUUUCCUACUGGGGGGACCAGAUUGGUCAGAAAGUCAAGAAAAUCUGUGAUUGUUUCCACACCCAAACCUUCGCCUACCCCGAAAGUACAACAGAAAGAGUGGAAACUCUCCAAAAACUGGAGAACAGGAUUGAGGACAUCAAAACGGUGCUCGCCCAGACGGAGCAGUACCUGCAGCAGCUGCUGGAUCGUGCCGUGGCAGUCCUCCCGCACUGGAAAGUCCGGGUUCAGAAGUGCAAGGCAGUUCAGAUGGUGUUGAACCUGUGCAGCCCGUCCGUCACAGACAAGUGUCUCAUUGCUGAGGCCUGGUGUCCUGUGAGCCAACUGCCGGCACUGCAGAACGCGCUGAGAGAAGGAACUCGGAAGAGUGGGAACAGCGUGGACUCCUUCUACAACCGCCUGCCUGCAGCAGCUUCUCCACCAACACUCUUCACCACCAACUCCUUCACUGCUGGAUUCCAGAACAUUGUAGAUGCAUACGGAGUGGCUAUGUACAGGGAGGUGAACCCAGCGGUAUACACUAUCAUCACCUUCCCCUUCCUCUUUGCGGUAAUGUUUGGGGAUGUGGGACAUGGGUUACUCAUGACCCUUGCAGCACUCUGGAUGGUCCUGGAGGAGAAAGACCCCAAGUUGAGGAACAACACCAAUGAGAUCUGGAGAAUGAUGUUUGGGGGGAGAUACCUGAUAUUGCUGAUGGGUCUCUUCUCCAUCUACACCGGGGCCAUCUAUAACGAAUGCUUCAGCCGAGGGCUCAGUGUGUACACGUCCAGUUGGCACAUCCAGCCCAUGAUCGCGCACUACAACUGGAGUGACGCAACAUUUCAAGCGAACCAGUAUCUCAGUCUGGACCCAAAUGUUACGGGAGUGUUUCAGGGACCCUACCCAUUUGGUAUUGACCCGAUCUGGGGGUUGGCAAAUAACCACUUGACAUUCCUCAACUCCUACAAAAUGAAGAUGUCUGUGAUCAUCGGUGUGAUCCACAUGACCUUUGGGGUUUGCCUUUCCUUCUUCAAUUACAUACACUUCAGGAAGUUCAGCAGCAUUUUCCUGGUUCUUAUCCCAGAGCUCAUCUUCAUGCUCUGCCUGUUUGGUUAUCUGGUGUUCAUGGUUAUCUUCAAGUGGAUCGCGUAUGGUCCCAUGGACUCAAACCAGGCACCUAGUAUUCUCAUACACUUCAUUGAUAUGUUCCUGUUUACUGACAACAAAACCAAUCCACCACUGUACACCGGACAGCUGAUAGUACAGAAGGUGCUUGUAAUUUUGGCUGUGUGUUCAGUACCUGUCUUGUUGUUGGGGAAACCAGUCCAUCAAUACAUAACGCACAAGAGAAAGAGGCGACAUCGAGGAGGAGACCAAAGGCCACUACUGUCGGACAACGGUGCCAUCAAUGCUUUGCAGGGGGAUGUGGAAGAAGGCCACGUGGGUGAGGAAGAGGAGUUUGACUUGCCAAAUGUGUUCAUGCACCAGGCAAUCCAUACUAUUGAGUAUUGCCUUGGUUGUAUCUCCAACACUGCCUCUUACUUACGGCUGUGGGCGCUCAGCUUGGCACAUGCACAGCUGUCAGAGGUGUUGUGGGUGAUGGUGAUGCGGAUGCCCCUCUCCAGGAAGGACUAUGUGGCCUCCAUUAUCCUUGUGGUCAUCUUUGCCUUCUUUGCUGUGUUGACGGUUUCCAUUCUGCUGGUCAUGGAGGGGCUGUCAGCUUUCCUGCACGCCCUCCGUCUACACUGGGUGGAAUUUCAAAACAAGUUCUAUAGUGGAACUGGCUACAAGCUCUGCCCAUUCUCUUUUGCUUCCAUCAUACAUUCCUCAGUAGCUAAUUAAGUGCCAAAUUUAGUAUUAAAAAUUUUCAUUUAUGAUCAUUUAUCAUCACGAGCCAUUUAUGCAUUUUGAAGGCCAUCUAUUUGUAUAAUUUUGAAGGAUAAAAUUCAGAAGAAACACUUCCAAUUCUAUAUAUACUGAAUGCACAGUGACCAUGGAAUGUUGGUAUGGUUCUUCAAUUCAGUCUAAUCAAAAAUUUUCUGUAAGUAUUGCCUGUAAUGGAGUAUUGUUCCAGAUCUUUCAGUUGUCAGAGACUAAACUACUGAAGCAAAAGUCCAGUCUUUCACACCCCCAAAUAAGUUCGGGUACUAUUUGAGCCCCCACGGGAGUGUCAGUACCUUUUCGUACAACACUUGUAGGAUGCUUCUGUUUUCAUUAUGCCAUUUCUGUUGAGUAGGAAGUUCUUUGAAUAUGUCCUUAAGGAGAGAUGUUCAUUUCAGUCUUCCAGCAGUUAUUUGUAUUGUAUGAGCUCUGACUUACUCAGGAAAAGUGAUCGGUUCAGAUGUUUGUGUCUCAGUGGAGCCACAACAUGAAGUCUAGCAUAGGUAAGUAGUGCAGUGCCCCCGACGAAAUAGCAAGGCAAGCCUGCACGUGUCUGGUGCUUCUACUUUCUUUUACUCUGUAAAUCUGAUUGAACUAAAUGAUUAACACGUGACAUCAUUAAAGGGGACCUGUUCGUUUUUAAAGGCACACAUUAACAAAAGUGGUUGAAAUGUUUUUAAAAAAAUCUGUAAAAACGUAUAUCUUGCAUGUUGUGUUAGUACGUAACUAAUACACUGGCAAAUUGAUGCAGUGCAAAGCAUGCAUUGUCAGCACAGACAGAUCUACCGUACAUCCUUCUGUUUUUCAUCGCCAAUGUAAUCCACACAAAGGGAUGCUGUUAAAACUAGCGUAUUGCAGUGUGUCAAGUAUGUCUUUUCACAGGUGUUUUUGAUGAGUUGAGCAUCAUUUUGAGUACAGCAUGAAAGUGUCUGUUUGUCAUACUGUAAGGUUUUACAUUUAUAGCAAAGUACUUCAACUGUGUGCAGAUGUUUGUUUUUAUUUGGUUUUUUUUAUCUUCCUUUUACAUGAAAUUAUAUAUUUCAUAAAUUGCCUUAAUGAAGAAGAUUCAUCCCUAUGGUUACUGUGUUUCUGCUUUUUGUUAAGA